AUGUCCAGCGACAUCCUCACCCAACUCCAAACCUGCUACGACCAACUCCUGACCCAAUUCUUCUCGACCAUCAGCUAUCUCUCGCAGCGUCACCCUCUUGUCGCGCCUGAACCUGAUCCAAACGACCCAUUCACUUUUCCGCCCUCCAAUGCCGUAACCACGCACACACAAAGUCAAACUCAGACGCCCGGCGCGAGUCAAACGGCCUCACACCAACCGCAAAUACAGCCUGGCCCCGAAGACACAGACCGCGCCCCAUAUCCGCUGCGUCCUGUGCCACCGCAAGUGUUUGCUAAUGCCCAGCGCGAGUUGGCCGAAGACCUGGUUCAAAAAGGUCAGCAAAUUGAGUUACUGGUCUCGCGGUUACCGGGGAUAGGCGCCAGCGAGCAACAACAGGCGGAAGAAAUAAGGGUGUUGGCAGAAAAGGUUAGGGAUAUGGAGGAAAAGAGGAAAGCCAAGAGGAAGGAGAUGCAAGAGUACGUCAGACGGCUCGAUGGGGUCAUCCUGGGCAUGUCGCAGAGCAUUGAAGAAUUAGAAGUCAACAAGUGA